GCACCGUUUUGGGCAUACAUCCUGGGUGCACUAGGGCUUUUCGUCUACCAGUCUCUGGAUGCCAUUGAUGGGAAGCAAGCCAGAAGAACAAACAGUAGUUCUCCUCUAGGAGAGCUCUUUGAUCAUGGUUGCGACUCUGUUUCCACAGUUUUUGUUGUCCUUGGAUCCUGCAUAGCAAUCCGCCUAGGAACGCAUCCUGACUGGUUAUUUUUCUGUUGUUUUGUGGGGCUGUUCAUGUUCUAUUCUGCUCACUGGCAGACAUAUGUAUCAGGCAUCCUAAGGUUUGGAAAAAUUGAUGUCACUGAAGUUCAGAUUGCCAUAACAAUGCUGCUCUUGGUGUCUGCAUAUGGAGGAACAGCAGUGUGGGACUACAGGGUCCCUUUGGUGGGCUUAGAACUGAAGUUCUUUGCUGUUAUUGGCAUCCUUUGUGGAACUGGACUUUCUUUCUUCAACUACUUCCGUGUCAUCUUUGGAGGAGGGGUUGGAAAGAAUGGAUCUACCAUAGCAGUGGCUCACAUGACAAAAAGUGAAAUCUGCGUUCAGGACACAGCAUUCAUCGGGCCAGGACUCCUGUUUCUAAACCAGUACUUCAACGGCUUCAUUGAUGAAUACAUUGUCCUGUGGAUAGCAAUGUUUAUAUCCUUGUUUGAUAUGCUGAGAUAUGCCACGGGUGUGUGCCUACAGAUUGCUGCUCAUCUUCAUAUCCAUGUCUUCAGAAUUUAAUCUCAUCAAGCUCCUGAACAGGUUCAAAACCAUAAUGACUGAUUAAAUAGGUGGAGGACAAGCGAUGCAGCAGUUAGCGGAAUGCUGGAUGAAGCACAGCCUCUCUGGCUUUGGGAAGACAGAUUAAGCUUUCCAAGAAAACAGUUUGAUGAGGAAUUUCACUGUGUCCCAGACAUCACCAGAUG